AGACCUGGACAUGCUUUUGAGAGUUGGGAGACUACUCAUCUCAUUUUCAUAUACUCUAGUGGAAAUCAUGUUGACUCUCACCAUUCUCUCUGUUUCUUCUCCUUCUCCCUCCUCUUUUUCUCUACUUACCUGAACAAAUAUUACCCUUUCUCCAUUUUUCUCCCUGUUCUUUUCUUCUCUGACAUUUUCUGCAUACUGUCUUCAGUUCUUGUUCUUCUCUGCGGAUGGAGCCUUGGCGCUACACUGCUGAAGGGAAAGGCCUUCUUUUCUCUGAUGAAAUAGAUUUUUCUGUCGAUUCAUUUGGGAGAGGUAGAAAAAUAUUCACAGGGUGGGAUGGGGAAUCUGUUGAGGGCUUGGAGUUUGUUGAUUUGGGUUUCUCUGAAAUGCCCAGAAAGCCAUUUCAUGGUAGUAAUCCAGGUGUGGGGAUGCUUGGUGGUAGCGAAGCUGGUAUCAACUCUAGUAAAAUAGAAUUAGCUUCUUCUGGUUAUAUGAUUGCUUCAAAUUCAUUGUUGGAAUCUGGGUCGAAGCAUUCAACUACUCUCCUGGAAUCUAAUAGUCAGGAUUCAUCACUAAUUGAUUUAAAGCUAGGGAGGUUAGCUGAUGGCAAAGAAACACAGAAUAGCAAGUUUUUGAAAGAGAGAUCGGUUGUAUCUUCAACAAACCCAACUUCUCAGGCAAAGAAAGCUCGAACAAUGAGUUCGCGCUCUCAGACUCCCUAUUGCCAGGUAUAUGGUUGUCACAAGGAUCUCAGCUCCUUAAAGGAUUACCACAAGAGGCAUAAAGUUUGUGAGAUUCACUCAAAGACUCCUAAAGUUAUUGUCAAUGGGGUUGAGCAGAGGUUUUGUCAGCAGUGUAGCAGGUUUCAUUUACUGGUUGAAUUCGAUGAUGGUAAACGAAGUUGUCGUAAACGCCUAGCAGGCCACAAUGAACGCAGAAGGAAACCUCAGUUUGGUCCUCUCUCUGGUGGACCCCAUAAAUUUCUGCUGCCAUACCAAGGAAACAAAUUUGUGGGUACUUCCUUGCCAAAGAGAGCAUCUUUUCUUUUCCCAAACAUACUUCCUGGAGGUAUUCUUUAUCCAGAGAGAUAUGAGCAGACGAACUGCUACAAGUCUGUUAAAGUGGAUGAGAAAUCAAUUUGGGGUACAAAUAUGCAGUCAAUUUCAAAACCUUUUCUCCCUCACCAUGCCAAUCGGAUCCAAAACACUGCUGAAAUUUCUCCAUCAUCCACUGAAGAAUUCACUGUUUGUAAUACUGCGUCAACUGUUCAUGAGUUAGCUGGGGUAUAUAAUUCCAGUCGUGCUCUCUCUCUUCUGUCAGCCGAAUCACAGGACUUGGGCCAUUUGGCAGGAAUUAUAAUCACAACGCCCUUCAAUAGUCAAGCCAAUCGUUCACAUCAAAUUGUGGGUAUUUCUGAGAAACCUUUCGGGUCAGAAUCUUCAGAGAAGAAUAUGCCAAUCGGAGGCCAUUCAUCUGAAUUGAACUCCAUUAAAGCUAACCAUAUGGGAUCCUUCAUGGUCUCUUGUGCUGGUUAUGCUGCUGACCUUCAAAUUGAACCAGAUGGUUUUUUUCAAGAGUCCGACCUUUUGAAUGCCAAAUAUUGUGUUUCUGCUGAAAAUGAAUCCACCAUGGAUUUGCUUCAGUUGUCAUCACAUCUUCACAGGGUAGAGGAACAGAGGAAUUCUGUUCAAGUUAAGCAUGAAACUGAGGACCUUUCCACUUUCCUUACCACAUAUGGGGCAUGAAGGAGCAAGGGUCAGAGGAGCCACUUGAAGGUAAGCUGCAUCAAAUGUGUUAACUGACUCGAUUGGUUCAAUACACAACAUGCUGGUAGACUUCAGAUAAAUGGAAACUUGGACACAAUUUCUAGUACUUUUCUUCACUAAGUAUAUAACAGGAAUCAACACAAGUUUAUAUACUCUUUAAGUUCAUGUAAGGUCAUUACUGUUUCUUCUUUAGAGAUUACUAUUUUGCCCAUACUGUUUCUUUCUUUAGAGAUACUAUUUUGCCCAUACUUGCAUUUGCCAAUCUGGUUCCUGAAUUAGUGAGUUAUACGACUCAGCAAACUGUAGAGAACCUUAACUUUUGAAGGGGCAAAAUAACAAGGCCAACAUAAAAUUUGAUGCUGAGUUCAUGUGAUACUAAAGGUUAAUUACUUCUUUUGAUGUAAA